AUGAGUUCUUCACAUAAAUCCAAGACUAGAAAUCAUAAUAACUUCAAUAAGAUUUUUAAUCAAUUAUUGAAAAGACAACUUCCAUCAUCCGAUGCGAGUGGUUCCAACAGCACUGCUCUGCCUAUAGCUGGGAGUGCGCCUUCGACAGCUCCGGCAACCAACCCUCCCGUAAGCCCCACUGGGACACCGCCACCUGUGGUACCAGUAGGAGCUCCACCGGCUUCGCCUGCACCUGUGUUCACUCCACCGGCAAAUCCAGUGGGCUCUACUGCAUCGUCACCUCCGCCAGGACCCUCGCCGCCCCCACCUUCCCCUGCGGGUGUUGGAUCUAACCCAUCCAGCACCUCAAAUACUCCAAGCCCUCCGCCAGAGAAACCACAAGGAGCUACCCAAGUUUUACCACCCCCGUCAGGUCCUCCUCCUGCAGCUGGGGUUCCCUCACCUGUUGUGGCAAAUGCUGCACCACCUACACCACCUGCUGCCUCCAACUCUGCACCUGCACCACCACCAGAGCUUUCUCAGACUACACCUCCCGCAGUCAUCCAAGCAACUCCUUCUGCUACACCCCCUGCAGUAGCACCACUCAUUGAGUCAACACCGCCUCCAACAGGACAGAAACCUGAGCCUACAGUAGCAGCACCGGCUCCUUCUGUAGCAGCGCCUGCUCCGCCAUCAGCACCAGCACCAGCACCAGCACCAGCACCAGCACCAGCACCAGCACCAGCCGCAAGCAGUCCUACUGCUCAAACUGAUGAUACUCAAGCCCCAGUAGUUUCUUCACCAGUCCCAGUCAUCCCUCCACCAGCGAGCACUGAUGCUGUACUAUCACCACAGCCAAACACCAAUGGAACAAUUGUACCACUGACUGCUAUCUCCACGAGUCCAACCAACAGUUCUUCAGACGUAGCUCCUAGCCAACAAGUGUCUACAGAUUCAGGACUACCUACCAAUGGUACUACUAUUACAAGCCAAGAUUCGGGGGCUUCAGUCCUGCCACCGGCUUCUGGCCAGAACUCAUCGGAUACAACUUUUGUACUCCCACCUGCUCCUGAACAAAAAGAAAAUGAUGAUGGGUUCACACAUUUACCACCAGCCCCGGGACAAAACGAUCAAGAUUCGACUAGUCAAAGCAAUAUAUCUGGUGGUUUCAGUUUACCUCCUGCACCUGGACAAACCGAAGAUUUGGCUACAAAUAAUAAUCUUAACUCUUUCAAUAGUAGUACACCACUUCCGAUUUCAAAGCAAACUUGGGCACAACUCAAUAUUGAUGAUAUUCUUAUUGUAGAAAGCUCGACUAUAGAUGAAUAUGCUAGAAAGAAUAAAGGUGGAAAUUUCAUUUGCGGAAUUGGUGAAACUUGUAAUGCUGGACAAUUAAAUCAUCCGAUUCAAAGUCCUGCAUGGCAACUUUUGUAUGCAGCUCAAGAGUACAAUCGGUUCAUGAACGCUAUGGUUGAUUCUGUGAAGUAUACAUUAUCAAUGCUUCAAUCCACAUCUGCUGCAAUGACCAACGAUCUAUUGGUACUAGAUUUAAAAUGGGUGUUUACCGAUUUAUAUCGAGGGAUCACAUAUGGUGCAGUAGCUGCACUUAUCAUGGCUUGGGUCGGAAUCAGUGCUGCAAUCCCAUUUGUGAUCUUUGGAACAGCUUUUGGAGCUGGUUUAGCAGCUUGGAUUCAAGGAAAACCUAAAACGGUCACUUAUCAAUCAUGGACUCAAUUAUCAUUUUACAUUGCUGAAUCUGAAGAUAGAAUUAUCUCUUCUAUUACCAAUAGUUUUGCUCAAUCAUUAGCUUCUCCUAUUAACUCUGAUCUCGGUUUAGGUCAUGUUUUAAAAGGUGGAAUGUUCUUUCAGCCUACUACUUUCAAUGGGAUUAUGGAAACUAUGGAAAAGAAUACGAUGAAAAUGUUUCAAGCUAGAUUACUUUCUAGGAUGUUGAGACAGAAUAAUGCAUUUGUGACCAUUGGCGAGAAUGAUUGUAAAGGUCCUGGUCCAGCAGGUGCUUGGGGAGGAAACGAUGUGAUCUCCUACUGUGAUCCUAAAGCUAAACUUAUGUAUAAUGUGAUAAGAGCUCAUAAAAAGAAGAGUAAAAAUUCAAUCUAUGGAGCAUCAGCUAUCAUUAACAAAUACGGUUUCUCUGCUGAAUAUAUCACUAAAACUUCUUGGGCUUGUCAACAAAAGUAUGGUAGAUUUGAACAUGAUGUUUAUUCUCCGAAUGACACAGAAAACUUUCCUACUGAUCUGAAUGAAGAUUGUGCUAUCAAUCUUCCGGUUUGUGAUACACGACUUCCUGAUGUAAGGGAAUUAUUAAAAGGAAAGCAUAAGUCUACAGUCGUUGCUUGCCGCAAGGGUGCAGGUUUACCAAUCUAA